AUGAGCAAAAAUUUUACUUUUUCUGUUUGUAGUCUUCUAGACGUGAUAAAGUUGAGAACUUUGACCUUAAAAGGAGCUUUUGGUUCUCUCUAGAGAGGUAGGGAAAUGUGGAAACAGAUAGGACUGAGAAUGAGGGUUUGGAGUUUUCUGGUUUCUGGGGUUUUAGUUUCAUGGGUUUUGAGCGUGAGUGGCAGUGGUGGUUCUCUGCCACCGUGUGAAUUCCCGGCAAUUUACAACUUCGGUGACUCGAAUUCAGAUACCGGCGGCAUUUCAGCUGCAUUUGUUCCAAUGCCACCACCAUAUGGUGUCCCCUACUUCCAUAAGCCAGCGGGUAGGGAUUGUGAUGGCCGUCUCAUCAUCGACUUCAUAGCUGAACGCUUGAAAUUGCCAUACUUGCAUGCUUACCUUAAUUCCCUGGGUGCAAAUUUCCGGCACGGUGCCAAUUUUGCCACCGGGGGAUCAACCAUUAGGAGGCAGAAUGAGACCAUUUAUGAGUAUGGGAUAAGCCCUUUUGCUCUGGAUAUGCAGAUUGUGCAAUUUGACCAGUUCAAAACAAGGGCCAGUGAACUCUAUAAAGAAGCUAGGGAUGCAUCUGAUAAAGAAAAACUCCCAAGACCUGAGGACUUUGCAAAGGCAAUUUAUACCUUUGACAUAGGCCAAAAUGAUCUUUCUGUUGGUUUCAGGAAGAUGAGUUUUGAUCAACUCCGAGCCACAAUGCCAGAUAUCAUCAACCAGUUAGCUUCUGCAGUUCAGCAUCUAUAUCAAAAGGGAGGGAGAACAUUCUGGAUACAUAACACAGGCCCGAUUGGAUGCAUGCCAGUGAAUUCAUUCUACCUGAGUAAUCCUGCACCGGGAUAUCUUGACCCCUAUGGUUGUGUCAAGGGUCAAAACGAUAUGGCUAUGGAGUUCAACAGGCAGCUUAAGGACAGAGUGAUCAAACUUAGGACAGAGCUCCCAGAAGCUUCAAUUACGUAUGUGGAUGUAUAUGCUGCUAAGUAUGGAUUGAUCAGCAACGCGAAGCAACUAGGGUAUGCUGAUCCACUGAAGGUCUGCUGUGGGUAUCAUGUCAAAUUUGACCAUAUCUGGUGCGGGAACAAGGGAAGCGUCAAUGGGUCUGAUGUGUUUGGUGGUUCUUGUAAAGACCCUUCUGUGUCUAUAAGCUGGGAUGGAGUUCAUUAUUCACAGGCUGCAAAUCAAUGGGUUGCUGAUCAUACACUCAAUGGCUCAUUAACAGACCCACCAAUUCCGAUCUUGCAAGCUUGUCAUAAGCAGUAAGAUCGUCUCUUGAGUAAUUUAAGUAGUUUUCCAUACUGAGGUUCAGUGUGAAAAUAUUCAGUAUGUAGUACAAGAGAAUAAGCAUAAGACUUAUGAUUGUGAUUGAGCUUGGGGUCAUGGUGAAAAAAAGACCUUGAGAAUU